CGCAGCGCGAUGGCGGUUGACGCUCCGAUGGCGAACGCGAUGCGGCUCCGGAACCAGCUGCAGACCGUCUACAAGCUGGACCCGCUGCGCAACGAGGAAGAAGUAAAAGUGAAGAUUAAAGACCUGAACGAACACAUCGUCUGUUAUCUGUGUGCUGGCUACUUCAUAGAUGCGACCACUAUCACGGAGUGUUUACAUACAUUUUGCAAGAGCUGCAUUGUGAAGUACCUCCAGACUAGCAAAUACUGCCCAAUGUGCAACAUCAAAAUCCAUGAGACACAACCUCUCCUCAACCUGAAGCUCGAUCGAGUGAUGCAAGACAUUGUCUACAAGCUCGUGCCAGGUUUACAGGAGAGUGAAGAGAAGCGAAUUCGAGAAUUCUAUCAGUCUCGAGGGCUGGACAGGGUCAUCCAACCAGUUAAUGAAGCUAUGACACCAGACCUGGCCAGUUCUCCGUAUACGACCUUCGAUCACUCCAAAGCCCACUACUACCGAUACGAUGAGCAGGUUUCGCUCUGUUUGGAGAGGCACGGCUCCUCUUUGGGAAAAGAGAAAGGGAAACUAGUGUUGCAGCAAAAGUACGUACGAUGUUCAGUCCGAGCUGAGAUCAGACACUUGAGGAGGGUUCUGUGCCACAGAAUUAAUGUGCUGGAUCAGCAGCAGGUACAGAUACUGUUCGACAAUGAGCCUCUGCCAGAGCACAUGACCAUGAAACAGCUCUGGCUCUCGAGAUGGUACGGCAAGCAUUUUUCAAGAUAGUAAUUGCUUUGUGAUACUCGUGGUGGCUAUCCCUCGAGGUCGAGGAUGAUGUUCUUCGUUCCGUUGAUCAGAAGUAGCCCACAGAGCGAAGACGCCUGUGCGUGUAUUGGUUAAACGUGUACUUGACGUUGCACUACAAAAAGCACACGAUGCUUCACAAAUCAACCAACUGAUUCCAAUGGCAUGGAAACCACAACGAUUGGAGCUGAUGGAUUUGUUGCAGCCUUCAUCCGCCUUCACAGCCGUUGAGUUCGAAGUAACUUCAUCCGCCUGUUCCACCGUUGAGGUCUUGGUUGGAUUUUUCUUUGUGGUACUCACUGAUGGGGGAUACAGCAUAUAUUCUAGCAGUUUAAUUUUGAGCAGUGUUAGUUACAAUGAAAUGAAAGAAUUAUAGCAAGUUUAUGCAGCAUGAUACGAUAUAGGCAGCUGUAGAAAAUGGAUGUUUCUGACUUGGAGAAAUCAGCUUACAGACAAUUCUCAGGACCGUAACCUGGGGGCUGCCUGCAUUAAGAUUGUGAGAAGCAUAGAUACGGCAGACAGUCAAAAUCAUUCUCCCAUGGUAGGACUAUCAAUCUGGAUCAGAUUUAUUAUCACAGACAUAUAAUAUGAAACUUAUUGUGGCAGCAGUACAGUGCAAGACAUAAAAAUCUAUAAAUUACAGAAAUAAUUAGUGCAAAACAAAAGGAAUAAUGAGGUAGUGUUCAUGGGUCCAUGGACCGUCAGAAAUCUGAUGGCGGAGGGGAAGAAGCUGCUCCUGAAUCAUUAAGUGUGGGUCUUCAGGCUCCUGUACCUCCUCCCUGGUGGUAGUAACGUGAAGAGGGCAUGUCCCGGGUGGUGAGGGUCCUUAAUGGUGGAUGCCACCUUCCUGAGGCACCACCUCUCGAAGAUGUCCUCUGGUGGGGAGGGUUGUGCCCCUGAUGGAGCUGGCUGAGUCUACAACCCUCUGCAGCUCCUUUCAAUCCUGCACGUUGGAGCCUCCAUACCAGGUGGUGAUGUAACCAGUCAGAAUGCUCUCCACCGUAUAUUGGUACGUGCAAGAGUCUUUGCUGACAUACCAAAUCUCCUCCAACUCCUAAUGAAGUAGAGCCGCUGGCAUGCCUCCUUCAUGAUUGAUCAUGAGUGGACAACCCAUUAUUCUGAUGCUGUGACCUCUGGUUUUGGACACCAGAGCCAGGAAAAACGUUUGAACAUAAAAAAUUCUGGAGAUGCUCUGUACGUCAGGCAGCAGUGGACAACACUGCCGCCUGGUGGCCAAGAACUCUUCGACCUGAGAUUCGCAAAUCCCCCUGCAUCAGAGAGAGCUUUAUGACCCACGACCCUCCGAAACAUUUUUGUUUUGGAUUGGUGAGCCCCUUAUUUUUAAACAGUGACUCCUGGUGAUAGAUUCUGUCACCAGAGGAAACAUUCUCUCCAUAUCUGCUCUGCCAACACCCCUCAGUGUCUUAUGUGUUUCAAACUGUCUAACCUAUUCUCGUAACAUAACCCACCCCUUCCAAUCACUGGGAUAGUAAACCUUCUCUGAAUUGUUUCCAAACAUUUAAAUCCUUCCUUAAUUACAGGUGUACUCUACUCCAGAUGUUGUUGGACCAAUCCACUCCACAGAUGAAACACAACUUCCAUACUUCUGGAAACAAUAAACAGUAAUAAUUCAUGUCUCCAAAUUGCUUGCAAUGCCUACACACCAGCCUUCUGUGAAUCAGGCACACAGGCACCCAAAUCCCUCUGCAUCUUCAAACCAAUUCCAUAAUAUGCUUCUUUUAUAGCUGUUAGAUGAAAUCAAAUUCAAAGUCGAGUUUAUUGUCAUAUGCACAAGUACAUGUAUGCACAGGUGCAAUGAAAACCUUACUUGUAGCAUCGUCACAGGCACAAAGCAUCAGAUAAACAGCAUUCAGCAGAAAAACAUAAAUUACAUGCAAUUUUUACAAGAAAGAACACAAUUAGAACAAAAAAACGUCCAUUUUAAUGCAGUGAUCAAAGUGGUCAUGGUGUUGCUGUACUGAGGUAGUGAUUAGGGUUGUGCCAUUAGUUCAAGAACCGAAUGGUUGACGGGAAGUAGCUGUUCUUGAACCUGGUGGUGUGGGACUUCAGGCUUCUGUACCUCCUGCCCGAUGGCAGCUGUUUUAAGUCCUUCAGAUCCUCAGACCAUUGAUCCAACAAUGUGGUCAGUUCUACUGGCCUGGUGAGUGUAAUUUUCCUGGGUUCCUCCCUCCCAAUUCCCACCUCACACCCAUUUCUGGGAUGUUACUGAUUUCCUCCAUAGUGAAGACCGAUGUAAAACACCUGUUUAAUUCAUCUGCCAUCUUCUUGUUUGCAUUAGUAAUUCCCCAGACUCUUUAUCUACAUGACCAAUAUGCACUUUUUUUAAAAUACCCCCAGAAACUCUCACAUUUAUAUUUCUGGCAAGCUUUACCUUGUACUUUAAUUUUCGUUAUUAAUCAUUUAGUUGUUCAUUUCAAUGUUUAAUAUUCUGUCCAAGCCUCAGUCUGC